AGAGAGUGUGUAAGAGCUCGGAGAGAGCUGCACUGUGGGAGGGUCUCCCGCAGAGUCCUGUUACAGUGCACAGAUCGGCACAGGGACGAUAGUGCAGAAGAGGAAAGAUACUUGGAUGUGUCACAGAGAAGAUUCCAACGACUCCACUGAUCGUUUGUCUCCAGGAACCUUCACGUCCUACAGCUACCUGCUGGUUACAACCUCUCUCUCUGUCUCUCUCUCUCUUUCCCCCAACAAGAAAUCAAGAUCUGCUAUCUAGAUAUUUCUGAAUUUGAAAACUGCUGCCUUUUCACCAGAAAUUAAUUGCACGUUUGACCUCUAACCCAGAUUCUCAGAAAACUCUUUGACUUCUCAGAAGGAUGAAUUACCUACGAAGACGCCUCUCUGACAGCAGUUUUGUCGCAAACUUGCCGAAUGGUUAUAUGAUGGACCUGCAGCGUCCCGAUAGUUCGACCAGCUCACCAGUGUCCCCAGCCACUGAGCGCCGUCCGCCACCUGCUCCCUCAACAGGCUCCACCAUCCUCAGUUCCAUCUCCAAUGCUGUGAAACAGACAACAGCAACGGCUGCAGGAUUGGUGGAACAAACAGGAGCUGCACCCACACCUGGACCCACAGCUCCCAUCGUACGGAAACCAAAGAUCCUAUUGGUUAUUGAUGACCCGCACACAGACUGGUCCAAAUAUUUCCGUGGUAAGAAGGUCCUGGAUGAAUAUGAGAUCCGUUUAGAACAGGCAGAGUUCUCCGAGUUGAAUCUGGCCGCGUACGUGAAUGGAGGAUGUAUGGUUGACAUGCAGCUGAUCCGGAAUGGAACUAAAGUUGUCAGGUCAUUCAAACCAGACUUUGUUGUUAUUCGCCAGCAUGUGUAUAACAUGGCUCAUGGUGAGGACUACCGUAAUCUCAUCAUUGGCUUCCAGUAUGGCAGAGUGCCUUCACUGAAUUCUCUUCAAUCCAUCUAUAAUUUCUGCAAUAAGCCUUGGAUGUUUUCACAGCUGAUAAAGAUCUCCCAAACCCUGACUCCAGCCAAGUUCCCACUCAUCGACCAGACAUUCUUCCCCAACCACAGAGAAAUGCUAACAAUUCCCAAAUUUCCCGUGGUUGUGAAGAUGGGACAUGCUCACGCAGGCAUGGGUAAGGUAAAAGUUGAAAAUCAUUAUGAUUUUCAGGAUAUCGCCAGUGUUGUGGCCCUUGCAAAAACUUAUGCAACCACUGAACCUUACAUUGACUCCAAGUAUGACAUCAGAAUUCAGAAGAUCGGAAAUAAUUAUAAAGCUUACAUGAGGACUUCAAUUUCAGGGAACUGGAAAGCAAAUACUGGCUCUGCCAUGCUGGAACAAGUGGCCAUGACGGAACGCUAUCGAAUGUGGGUGGAUGCCUGUUCGGAGAUGUUUGGUGGCCUGGACAUCUGUGCAGUAAAAGCUGUACAUGGGAAAGAUGGGAAAGAUUAUAUCAUUGAGGUCCAGCCUCAGUCAACAAAAACACAAGCGCAUCCUGUGCCAGGAGCCACUUCCCAGUGGGGCCAGCCAGGCCAAGCCCGUCCAGCACCUCAAGGAAGCCCACGACAACCCCAGAGUCCUCAGAUUCAGCGUUCCAACACAGUGCCUCAUCAAAGGCCUUCCCCACCAGGCCAGCAACCCCAGAGUCCUCAGUCCAGCACAAAUCAGCAAGAGAAAUCUCCAGGUUCAGGUUCUCCAAAACAGGUCAAAUCUGCAGGCACCUCUCCUAACCAAUCUUACAAGCCUGGAGCUUUCUCUGCACAGCCAUCGAGGCCUCCAGCACCAGGCCAAGCCCCCUCACAACCAAGGUCUGGGGGAGGAAACCUGCAGCAACAGAGCACAGCACCACAGCCACUGCUCAACAAAUCACAAUCAUUGACAAACAGUUUCAGUAUUACUGAAUCCUCUCAGCGUACCGGCACUAAUGAAGAUGAAGCAAAAGCAGAAACAAUUCGUAACCUAAGGAAGUCCUUUGCCAGCCUCUUUUCUGAUUAGCUCUUUACAGUAUUCU